CUGACGGAGAGGGUGGGGAGGUAAGAUCAAUGCUGGAGGGUUAUAAAUAUACACGGUCACUGCAAGGCUUAAGUGAUCUUCUGGACACACCGGCAUAACAUAACACACGCUGAGUUUUACGGGAAAUACUGUCAGCAAAAUGCAUCUGCAUCACUUUAACCUGGCAAAAUUUGGAUUUUGCGCAUUGAUCUUGCUAGUGCUGAUGCACCAGGUAUCUUCUGUGCCAGUAGUGACUCCUAAAGUGCGAUCAGAUCUUCAGUCAUCACAUAUACUUCACCGCAAGAUACGAAUGUCCCCUCUCUGGCGAAUUAUGGGGUUCAAACCAUACGGAGCCUAUUGCCAUGACAACAUCGAGUGUACUACAGGUUUAUGCAGGAACGGUCAUUGUUCGUUUAACGAGGCUGUUCACUCUUAGCGGAGUCCAAGCAUGAAAACUCUUCAUUUAUGUGUCGAGCCAAUACAUUUUAUGGCCAUAGGCUAUGUUUCAAGCACUUUAAUGUUUGAACUGUACAGAGCAUGUGGAGAAGUCUGACUUGAAAAGUUACAUUGGUUUCACUCUAUAUGAUUUAUGUUCAGCCAUUUAAAAGCAGCAAUUGUUGUAAACUGUAAGUGCAUUGUAAAUAUAUAUGAACUGUAUGAACGUGAUUUUUAAUUUAUGUAAUGCAUUAUUAAGAAUAACAAUACGUGGAUUUGUUACUGUUAAGAAGUAUUGAGGCUAAAAUGUCUCUCUGUAUAUGCACAAAAUAAUUAUUUUCAUGUGAUAUUUGAUAUGAAGUACUGUACUAGAUAAGUUAAGAGGACUCAGAAAGCCUCAGUAGUUUUGAUUAAAAUUUAUACUAGGCACAGGGCCAGAGAGAGAACGUGCACUGCUGCACUUAUCUUUCUCAGGAUGUUCUGUGUUCAGAGAAACCCGGUUUUAAUGUCAAAAGGCCCUGAAGUCCCUCGGUGUCCACAUGUUAGUGAGAGGAGUAUUUGCACAAGAAUGUACUGUAACAGACUGAUGUCAUUGUACUGUGAACGACCUCCACAUGUACCCAGAUUGCAUGUUCCUUUUCUGAUACGAGAGCAAAGUUUAAGCUAGUCAAAUAAAGCACUAAAAAUACCA